CGGGCGCCCGCGGCCCCUCCGGAGAGCUCGGGAGCGCGGCGCCCGGCGCCACCCCGGUACAUGGAUUACCUGACAUGUGAAGUCACUUCUGUGAAGAAUUAGUCUCUGUAGAAUUGUGUCAAACAAGAUAUCUCCUUCAUAGUAUUUGUAGAAAUUCGUAGUCCAUCCUCAGCCUCUCUGGGUGACUGCAGAAGACAUAGAAUUGUGGCAUCACAGCAGAUUGGAAGUUGAGCAAGUUGAGGACUAUGUCUGAAUGUAUCCAGCUCUCAUUUGCUGUUUGUAGAAUUGGCAUUUACACGUGUUUUAGAGCCCUUUGCUGCAAGGGACCGCCACCACCACGACCCGAGUAUGACUUGGUUUGCAUAGGCCUCUCUGGUUCUGGCAAGACAACUCUUCUGUCUCAGCUCUGCAGCGAAAGCCCGGAGAAUAUUGUGUCUACCACAGGUUUUAGUAUCAAAGCAGUGCCAUUCCAGAAUGCAAUUUUGAACGUGAAAGAACUUGGAGGAGCUGACAAUAUCAGGAAAUACUGGAGUCGUUACUACCAAGGAUCCCAAGGGGUAAUAUUUGUACUAGACAGCGCCUCCUCUGAAGAUGAUCUAGAAACUGCUAGGAACGAGCUACAUUCUGCUCUCCAGCACCCACAGUUAUGUACUUUGCCAUUUUUAAUAUUGGCCAAUCACCAAGACAAGCCAGCAGCUCGCUCAGUACAAGAGAUAAAAAAAUAUUUUGAACUUGAGCCACUUGCACGUGGAAAGCGCUGGAUUCUUAAACCCUGCUCCCUGGAUGAUAUGGAGGCAGUAAAAGACAGCUUCUCCCUUCUAAUAAACUUGCUAGAAGAGAGAGACUUCGAACCUUCAAGAAUGUGAAAGCUAAGAGAAAGAAGAAGUUCCCACGCAUCAUUGUACCUGCUCACUCUGUCACAGCUUAAUUACAGUGUAGUAUCAAGGCUGAGCUGUGAUAUGUUGUUCAUACAGAGUUAAUGCAGAAUGCCCUUUGGUUAAAAUAAAUGUUCUGUGAAUCAGGUACACAACUAUUUCCAGUAAAGUUGUCUACACUA